GAGGAAAAGAAACAACAGUUGGCAACGCCUCAGAUAUUAAGUUACCUAUAUUGGUCCUAUCUGAGGCUGAGUAUUGAGUAUGCAAGUUACAUGAGCGACCUAGAACAGCUAGUGGGACAUACAGUAUAAGCAAUGUGGUGGGCGCAGUGAGCUGCUUACCGCGACUCCGCCACUAUUCGAGGAUGCUCUCACUACCUAGGCAGUGGAGAGGCUACCACUGCACUUGUAUCAAUUGCAUAAUUAUAGUCCUAGCUCCAUUGAGUGACUUGAUGCUCAUCUGGUCUCAUUUCUUUCUUGAGUUGUACUCUGUUUUAUGAGAGUACUUAACAAUGUUGACAUUUCAAUUGCGCUGAUGGAAUAAUAGCCAUUAGGGGCUUUGGUUGACUUGGCAGUCUUACCCGUGUGACAACGCUGUUCGGCAACCAGCACACUUGACCCAAAACAAAACAUCGACCCUACGAUGGAGUCUAACACUGAUGAUUCGAGCCAUACACUGUAUCAAACAGUGACUGCCGAUGGCCCAGAUAGCAUAAGACUGAUUCAUCUGCUUCCUGGUGGGCUCACCGAUGAGCUCAGAUGUGCCCUCGUCCGCGCGGAUCUCUCGGCUUACCCGCACUAUGAAGCUCUCUCCUACGUCUGGGGCAAGCCGGUCUUCGACGCGGCCAUCGUUUGCAACGAAGAAGUUCCCUUCAAAAUCACUAGCAGCUUGCACCGCGCCCUUGUGCGCCUGCGCGCCGUCGAUAGGGCCCGCGUGCUUUGGGUUGACCAGAUCUGCAUCAAUCAGGCCAGCAAGCUAGAUAGGACUGCGCAGGUAGCUCGCAUGACUCGUAUCUACAGCCGGUGCCAGAAUGCCAUCGUGUGGCUCGGCGAUGUCCCGCCCAAGUUGCAGACCACGCUCGUCGAGUUCAUCCAGACGCUUUCCAACGCACAGAAACAGCAGCACCGCGACGGGCUGAUUCUGGGCGACAACGAUCUGAGCACGUUGCAGCUUUCCGAUAUGGAUGCCGCGCAACGAAAGCGUUAUGGUCUCCCGAACUCGUUGGACCCACGCUGGAAGGUAUUGCUGUACAUCUAUGCAUCCCUCUGGAUGCGGCGGACGUGGAUUGUGCAGGAGGUAGCACUCCCGCGCAAAGUAGACGUUCUAAUCGGCCCUGUUCUUAUGGAUUGGCGGAGUCUAUCAUCCAUACUGUUUUACGUAGAGUCUCUGAAGGUCUCGGGGAUGAAUUUCGGGUCGCUGGGCUCCUGGAAGGCUUUCCUGGCCCUUGGGGCCAGAAGGGUGCGUACACAAGAGGGCGAAUUUAGUCCUCUGUCCGAACUACUAUUUGAGCACCGCCGUGGGAAAGCGACAGAUGCGCGAGACCGGAUAUAUGGGCUGAUGGGCCUCUCAGCAGAGAGAGAAGAGAUGCCCCUAGCUGAUUACGCCGCCAGUACCCCGAACGUAUUCAUGGACGCAACCAUCGAUAUGUUUCGUCGGUCUGGAAAUCUUGACAUUCUUGGUCUUGUCGGGUCUAUGAGGCCAGACCGCCCCGAAUAUUUGCCUUCGUGGGUUCCUGAUUACGGAAGCGCCCAAGGACCGCAUCCUAUUACCAAGAGAGGCACAUUGUAUGCUUCAAAGAGCCCACAAGUCUCCACCAAAUUUGCGGCAAGUGGUCAUGGUCAACUUUCAUUCAAGAUUGACGGGCACGCGCUUGUACUACCGGCCAUGAUCCUGAGUGAGAUACUCGAAUUAGCUGGGUGUUGUAUGGGCCAACGAGAUGAUGAUGUGGACGUGCAAUAUGGAAUUGGCCAGGUUAUCCUAAACUACGCUUUCAAGGCACUUCAAGAUCAUAUCGAAGAGAUCAACACAUCCUUAUCUUGGGAGACCCUCACCCGCAGAGUUAUGGGAAGAUCCCCCAUCUACAAACCAACAGGUGAGAGUAUGCAAGACGCUUUCUUCAUGACGUACUAUGAAGGGCAGAUUGAGAGAGUAACAGACGAAAUCCGCGCUAUAUAUGCCAUUGACAGAUUUGCUUUCACGGUCUGGAGAAUUCUGACUUUGGGCCACGGAUGCACAUGGCUUCCGGCCGCCAUACCUCUCAUCGCCGUCGUCGGAUUUGUCUUGUGGAUGAGCAAACCUGCCUGGACCAAUCUUGGAUACCCAUCAGUUUCGACUCUUGAGAAGUACGCGGAUAUGAGGAAAGACGUGACCGACCGACGGCUUUGCACGACGACGGAUGGCCUGGUUGGGCUCGCACCACCCGAUUCAGCCCCAGGAGACAAACUCGCCCUCUUGCAGGGUGGCAGGGUUCCAGUAGUUCUGCGUCAGGAUGUCGAUGGCUAUCGACUAGUGGGUGAGGCGUAUUUACAUGGUGCCAUGUACGGUGAGAUGAUGGACGCUCAAAAGGUUGUUGUCAUCAAGAUCAGGUAAUCAGAGCCAUGCGCGGUAUAAGUGAGACUAGACUCUCAAGUCUACGGGCCGUUUAAGGAGAGUUGUAAAAGCCUCAAUUAGGAGGUAUACAUCACCAGCUGCUGUUAUGGGUAUUAUUACUGAUCGCCCCCACUCCUGUAUGUCACAAAGGGUUACAGCAGUUCUAAAUGUGGCGUAUGCAUGGGACUUAGCUCAUGCUAUAUUCUCUAAGAACAAAAGGCAACGAGGACUAAUAUAGUGAAUCUUCGCAUCUCUGUUUAAGUAGAGGCGUUAAAAAAUGACUCUAAUUGUACAAGUAAUUAAAUUCUGCUGCGGAAACUAAUAAGAUAACCAGAUAUCUUUGUUCUCCUCAGCAAACGUCUUGAAGCUUUUUGGAGGAUGCCCUGUCAUUCUCUCGACGGCGUUGGAAGUCCCUUUCUCGAAGUCUUCCGAGGCCAGAACUUCUAGGCGGGUCAGAAAUCCAGCGAAGUAGUUCGACAGACCUGCUUGGACCAGACCAUGAAUUCGGUUAGCUUCAUCAAGCUUUACGUGCUCAAUUUCACGCCCCAGAACUUCAGAUAGAGUCUCAGCAAUCUAAACAUGUUAUUUACAUU